GCAUCGGAGGCAGUGGUUCAGGGAGCCGAGAAUUCUGAAAGCUGGACACGUGGUAGCGAACGGCGAGGAGCUUAAGGGGUCUCAAGCCCAAAAAAGUUGGGAGGUUUGCAGAUUCUCCCAAAUCGUGUGAGCCUCACCGCAUCUCAGAGAGAAAAGUGUCUCCUUUCGACCGGGCUCUGCUUAAAGGUCAAGUUUCCGUGCGCAAGUUUUUUCUAGACUCCCCAGGAUGCUUGGGAGGGUUGGACCGAUCUCGAAUACCUGAUCUAAGCGCUUCGCGAGGUCUGGGGCCCCUGGAGAUGGCCCAUGGAGUGAAGCUAAAUCCAUCGUUACUGACUGAGCCUAAGUGUUCCCGGGGACAGUGCAUGCUGGGAUAUGUAGGUUCAUAAGGCAGGGUAGAGAUUUAGACCCAGCUACUUUGUAGUUGUAUAACCUUACGCAACUUGUUUAAUAACUCUCGGACCCUCGAUUUACUCAUCUGCAAAAUGGGAGCUAUAGUACCUAAAGCAUUAGAGUGUGGUACCCAUUAAAAAAUCAAUGUAUGUAGAGAACUCUGCCAGGAAACGUAAACUGAAAUAGACUUGAGAUUUGUCAAAAAAAUCAGGGAAGCUGUGCCCUCAAGACUACUGCAGCAAUCACAGGACCUGUUCCGUAACUUGAGUGUUCAUCAGAAGGGUGAUGGUAGAUUAAAUUGUGUUACAUCCAAGCUAUGCAGUAUCAUGAAGUAGUUAUUUUAAAGGGGGACGCAGGUUCGAUCCCUAGUCAGGGAAAUAAGAUCCCUCAAGCCUGCGCAUCGCAACUACUGAGCUCGCACGCCUCAAUGAGAGAGCCUGGGGGAUACCCACGCGCUCUGAACGCCACCAGCCACAACUAGAGAAAACCCGCACGCCACAACUAGAGAGAAGCCCACGCGCCGCAAGGAAAGAUCCCGCAUGCCUCAACGAAGAUCCCGCGUGCCGCAACUAAGACCCGAUGCAGCCAAAAGACCUAGAGGAACCCCUUAGGAUGAAGCUAAGUCUUACCAAGGUGGUUAAUGGCUGUCGCCUAGGAAAAAUAAAAAACCUAGGCAAAACAGGGGACUGCACCAUGGACAUUCCAGGCUGCCUUCUGUACACGAAGACUGGCUCUGCCCCACACCUGACCCAUCACACACUGCAUAAGAUCCACGGGGUUCCUGCCAUGGCUCAGCUUACACUGUCGGCACUGGCAGAACAUCACGAAGUCUUGGCAGAAUAUAAGGAAGGAGUUGGAAAGUUUAUAGGCAUGCCAGAAUCACUCUUGUACUGCUCCCUGCAUGAUCCAGUCAGCCCUUGCCCAGCUGGUUAUGUAACAAAUAAGUCAGUGUCUGUGUGGGGUGUUGGAGGACGAGUGGAAAUGACUGCCUCCAAGUUCAUGGCAAUUCAGCAGGUCCUUCAGCCAGACUGGUUCCAGUGUCUUUCAGAUGGAGAGGCAACUUGUGAUGAAGCCACUUCCAUAAAGAGAGCCAGAAAGUCUGUUGACCGAUCGCUUCUAUUCCUGGAUAAUUGUCUGAAGCUACAGGAAGAGUCAGAGGUCCUCCAGAAAAGUGUGAUCAUUGGAGUGAUUGAAGGUGGAGAUGUGAUGGAGGAGAGGCUGAGGUCAGCACGAGAGACAGCCAAGCGGCCUGUAGGUGGCUUCCUUCUGGAUGGCUUUCAAGGGACUGCAACCCUGGAGACUAGACUGCACUUGCUGUCAUCAGUCACUGCGGAGCUACCGGAGCACAAACCGAGGCUCAUCUGCGGUGUUAGCCAGCCAGAUGAGGUGCUCGAGUGUAUUGAAAGAGGAGUGGACUUAUUUGAGAGUUUUUUCCCUUAUCUAGCAACAGAGCGGGGAUGUGCCCUCACUUUCAGCUUUGAUUACCAGCCGAUUCCUGAAGAGACAUUACUGCAACAAAAUGGGACAGAGGAAGAAGUAAAAUAUGUGGAUCAAACAAAGAAGAGUAAAACAACUAGUUGCAACCAAGAAAUCACAUCAUUUGAAAUUAAUCUGAAGGAAAAAAAGUACCAGGAGGACUUUGAUCCGCUCGUGAGAGAGUGUCCCUGUUACUGCUGUAAGAAUCACACUCGUGCGUACAUCCACCAUCUGCUGGUGACCAACGAGCUGUUGGCUGGCGUCCUGCUUAUGAUGCACAACUUUGAACACUACUUUGGAUUUUUCCAGGCCAUCCGGGAAGCACUAAAAAGUGACCGACUGGCACAGUUGAAAGAGCUCAUCCACAGGCAAGCAUCUUGAGACCUGGUAUGCAUAACCUGACUCUUCACAUUGAGCCUGCACCACGGUUGUAAUGUGGGAGGAAGACAGCAGGAAGUGAUCUUCACUUUAAUCACUUACAUUUGAGAAUGAAGUCUGCUCAAAUAAGGAACGUCUGUACUGUACUCUGCCCGCCUGAGGCUAAAGAGACUUCUUCAUACGACUGAAAUGACCUAGAAUCACCUAGAUUGAUCAGAAAGAAUUGAAACCUGACCUUGAAUAUUUCUGCGCUAACUCUUUUAGUCAACAGAGAUUCGUUUAGUCAAAGAUAAAAGCUUUAGAUGUGAAGGGACAGCCUUGAAGUGGGGAUGAUGAGAAUCUGAGGGUUCACUGAGUUGGAUUGGAGCUUAAAGGGAAUUGAUUGGUCAUGAGUAGCAUGACCUCUGUGGACACAUGCCUGUUGACCAAGAAGGAAUUUGUCUGAUUCAAGAGUUUUCUUCGUUUUAAUCCUUAUAUUCUCAGGGGUCUCUUUUGGACACUUGUGCCUUCCAAGCUGUCCUGGCAGUGCAAUCAACCUUGUGAUUUAACCAGGCUCACAUCUCCAUGGAAUGUGGAGCUCACACAUUGCUCCAAUGACCAGUUGGCCCAGGGCACACUCUUCGUUUGACCAUAUGGUCUUUCUGUGACUUGUCUCACUAGAGUCAGCGCAGUUGCCUAUUAGGAGCUGAAAGUUUGCCUAGCUGCUUUCAUCUGGUCGUACAGAUCCACUGUGGUCUGCCUUUUAGGCUCAUUAAGAGUCGAACCACAUAAUAACUGGAGCUACAUCACCUGGGGAGAUUCAGUCACCAUGUGCUCACUUGGACGGAGCCCUGGCCUGCCAGUUAGAGGAUUGGGUUUCAGUUCUACUCGACUAAGACACUUGGGCAAAUCACUUAACCUCUCCAUGCCUGUUUCCUCCUGAAUAAAUGGGGACAGGCAAAGUGAAUAGUACUAAACGAAUUUCUAAGUUUCCGUUUAGCUCUAAUAUUUGGGGAACAAGAAGUUUUAGAUUGGAACCAUAGCUUUAUGUGUAUCCUUGUUUAUUGAUCACUAUUGGCCUGAUGAAAAAUGCAGUGGUGCCAGGAGUCAGGCAACAGUAGAGAUAUUUGAGAGCCUAAAAAGGUUUAGCCUGUGGCUUUUAAAGUGGUUGGUAAAUUGGCAUCAGCAGGUCCUGAGGCUGGGAAGACCUUCGCUGAUCACCUCUGAUUCUCUGAAUUUUUUCUGCUCUCGUCAAAGGAAUGACAUCAUGUUGAUGGUGUGAGAGGUUAUUUUUAUUUUCUUUGUGCUUUUCUAUAUUUGUCAAGCUUUCUAUAAGCAUACGCAUACAUGCACGUUUCACACAUAGUUUUUAUAGAAACAGCAGAACCAAAAAGAUGUCUUUGUUUUGUUUGUAGGGGUAUAAAAUAUAUGUUUUACAUUCUUGUGCUACAUUUUUCUAUUUGUUCAUUUUAGUGGGCAUUACUGAACCUUGUUUUUAAUUAUUAUGUGGUUACUAUAUUUUUACAUGUAGGGUGCCCAUCUAUACUGUUUUCUUUUAUUAGUGGUUUAAGAACGUCCAUGAAUUCCAAAGCUCAUGAAUUCCAGAAUUCAUGGAUAUUCUUACAACCUCUCCUCCAAUUAAUGGCAAGGAUACUUAUGAAAGACAGAGUUUCUGUUCUCAAGAAUCUGCUUGUUUUGGGCUUCCCUGGUGGCACAGUGGUUAAGAAUCCACUGCCAGGGCAGGGGACAUGGGUUCGAGCCCUGGUCCGGGAAGAUCCCACACGCCAUGG